AAGGACUCAUCUGAUGGUGCACGUAUGAAAGGUUAGAUACAAGAAGACUACCCCAGACAUGCAGAUGAGUGAUGUGACAUAUUCUGAUGUUACCUUCACUAAAAAAGACGACGCUGGCCAGAAGCAAGAAGACAAGGCUGAACAGACGCAAGCAGACAGUAAACAUGUGGAUGAUGGCACAGCUGUCUACUCCGAGGUCAAAACACGGAAACAUUGCACAGCCAAACCUGACCCUGUUGACUCCACACCAACUCCACAUCCAUAUCAGGACAGCCCUACCACUUUGUCUGUGAGAUGCACAGUUCUCCUACUCUGCCUGUGUCUUCUCCUGCUGGCCACUACUGUUACUAUGGCAGUGCUGUAUGUGUUGAAGGAGGUGACAAACUCAGACAUUACACAGAGGCUGGAUAAUGCUACUGCUAUAACAAGGAUUUUGGAGGCCAACAUUACAGACCUGACACAGAGGCUGGAAUCUCUACAAGUGUCAUAUGACAACGCCACUGUUGUCAUUAGGACGUUGGAGGCCAACCUUACAGAUGUACAGGAAGAAGCUUGGAGGAAGUUUUCAGAUGGCUGGAAGUAUUUCAAUGGGAGCUACUACUACUUCUCCACUGACGAGAUGAACUGGACUGAUAGCAGAGAUGCCUGUGUGACUAUGGGAGGACACCUGGUUAUCCUGAACAGUCAAGCAGAAAUGGAUUUCAUUAAGGACAAAGGACAGAUGUUCUGGAUUGGCCUAACUGAUAUUGAAGAAGAAGACACUUUUCACUGGGUAGACGGGACAUUCUUCAAUAAAACCACACUGCCGUGGUUGAAAAACCAACCAGACAACUGGGAAGACGAGGACUGUGUUGUGAUUUCUAGUCCAGAAAAAACGCUUAAUGAUGCUAAGUGUCAUGAGCAACGUUAUCGAAUCUGUGAAAGUUGAAGUUGUAGACCCUGAGAUGGCAGUGUGCUAAGAUGCCAUACCAUGAAUCCGGCGACCAGGGCUCGAGUAUGGCCUUAAGUAAUUUCCUUAUCCUUCCCCAUCUCGCUCACCCACUAUAUCAAUAGAGCAAUUAAUCAAUCAAUCAAUCAACCAGAAAACUGUUGUUCCAUGUUUUGCAGCGCAUAAACAAUAAACUUGGUACAAACAGAUACACUGCCUUCCUUCUC